AUGCAGGCCCUCCAGCAGCGCGCCGUGGCCCCGGCCAGGCUUUCCGCAAGGCCUAUUCCCGUUGGCCUGGCUCGCCCCCGCAGCGUGGUGGUCCGCGCUCAGCAGCAGCAGGACGUGAAGCCCGAUGGCGAGCGCCGCCAGUUCCUUACCAGCGUGCUGACUGCCGCUGCCGCCCUGGUGCCCGCGGCUGCGGCGCGCGCUGCGGACGAUGCUGCUGGUGUUGCGUCGUCGCGCAUGUCUUACUCGCGGUUCCUGGAGUACCUGGACAUGGGCCGCGUGAAGAAGGUCGACCUGUACGAGAACGGCACCAUCGCCAUCGUGGAGGCCGUGUCCCCCGAGCUCGGCAACCGCGUGCAGCGCGUGCGCGUGCAGCUGCCCGGCACCAGCGCCGAGCUGCUCAACAAGUUCCGCGAGAAGAAGAUCGACUUCGCGGCGCACUCCAACACCGAGGACGGCGGCGCCGUGUUCCUCAACCUGCUGGGCAACCUGGCCUUCCCCCUGCUGCUGGUGGGUGGCCUGUUCCUGCUGUCCCGCCGCUCCGGCGGCGGCGGCAUGGGCGGCCCCGGCGGCAACAACCCCAUGGCGUUCGGCAAGUCCAAGGCGCGCUUCCAGAUGGAGCCCAACACCGGCGUCACGUUCACCGAUGUGGCGGGCGUGGACGAGGCCAAGCAGGACUUCAUGGAGAUUGUGGAGUUCCUGAAGCGCCCCGAGCGCUUCACCGCGGUCGGCGCGCGCAUCCCCAAGGGCUGCCUGCUGGUCGGCCCCCCCGGCACGGGUAAGACCCUGCUCGCCAAGGCCAUCGCCGGCGAGGCCGGCGUGCCCUUCUUCUCCAUCUCCGGCUCCGAGUUUGUGGAGAUGUUUGUGGGUGUGGGUGCGUCGCGCGUGAGGGACCUCUUCAAGAAGGCCAAGGAGAACGCCCCCUGCCUGGUGUUCGUGGACGAGAUCGACGCCGUCGGCCGCUCCCGCGGCACCGGCAUCGGCGGCGGCAACGACGAGCGCGAGCAGACGCUCAACCAGCUGCUGACCGAGAUGGACGGCUUCGAGGGCAACACCGGCAUCAUCGUGAUCGCCGCCACCAACCGCGCGGACAUCCUGGACCCCGCCCUGCUGCGCCCCGGGCGCUUUGACAGGCAGGUGACCGUGGACGUGCCCGACCAGAAGGGCCGCCUGGAGAUCCUCAAGGUGCACGCGCGCAACAAGAAGCUGGACGGCGAGGUGGAGCUGCAGGAGGUCGCCAUGCGCACCCCCGGCUUCGCGGGUGCCGACCUGGCCAACCUGCUGAACGAGGCCGCCAUCCUGGCCGGCCGCCGCGGCCUGACCGGCAUCCGCAACCAGGAGAUCGACGACGCCGUGGACCGCAUCGUCGCCGGCAUGGAGGGCAAGCCGCUGACCGACGGCAAGGCCAAGCAGCUGGUGGCCUACCACGAGGUCGGCCACGCCAUCUGCGGCACGCUGACGCCCGGCCACGACCCCGUGCAGAAGGUGACCCUGAUCCCCCGCGGCCAGGCGCGCGGUCUCACUUGGUUCGUGCCCGGCGAGGACCCCACCCUCAUCAGCAAGCACCAGAUCUUUGCGCGCAUUGUCGGUGCUCUGGGCGGCCGCGCGGCCGAGGAGGUCAUCUUCGGAGAGGCUGAGGUGACGUCCGGCGCCAGCGGCGACCUGCAGCAGGUGACCAGCAUGGCCCGCCAGAUGGUCAUCAACUACGGCAUGAGCGACAUCGGGCCCUGGAGCCUGAUGGACCCCAGCGCCCAGGGCGGCGACGUCGUCAUGCGCAUGAUGUCGCGCAACAGCAUGAGCGAGAACCUGCAGCGGCGCAUCGACGAGGCGGUCAAGCAGCUGUCGGAGCAGGCGUACGAGGUGGCGCUGUCCCAGAUCCGCGAGAACCGCGAGGCGAUCGACAAGAUCGUGGAGGUGCUCAUGGAGAAGGAGACCAUUGGCGGCAACGACUUCCGCGCCAUGCUGUCGGAGUACACCACCAUCCCCGAGGAGAACCUUAAGGCGGUUGCCGAGGAGGCCACGCCUGCCCUGGCGUCGGCCUUCGAGGCUCUUGACUCUGAGCAGUUGUAA